AUGGCUGUCGACAAGAUCCAAGUUUCAGAUGACCCCCGUAUCGAGUACAAGACUGCCACACUCAAUGGCCAUCAGUACUCAUACAUUCUUAGCCAGCCCAAGUCAGGCCGGUACAGAGCCACCAUCUUUCUGAUCCAUGGCUUCCCCGACAUCUCAGUGGGAUGGCGAUACCAGAUCCCAAUGCUUGUUGAUAUGGGAUUGAGAGUGGUAGCCCCCGACUGCCUCGGAUAUGGACGAACGGACGCGCCCGACGACUUGACGCAAUACUCCAAUAAGAGCUGUGCAGCGGAUAUCAAAGCCCUGGCGAACCAUCUAGGCGAAACCAAAAUCAUCCUCGGAGGACAUGACUGGGGUGCGGCACUCGCCUACCGCGUUGCUCUCUGGCACCCGGAGCUAGUAAGCCACUUGUUCACAGUCUGCGUGCCCUACUCGCGACCCGUGGCGAAGAACAUCUCCCUCGAAGAACUAGUCCGCACUGUGACACCUAACUUCACGUACCAGUUGCAGUUCAAGAGUGGGGAGCUGGAGAAGAUCAUUCGAACCAAGGAUGAUAUUCGCCAGUUUCUGCUUGCACUGUACGGGGGCCGUACGGAGACGGGUGAGUUUGGAUUCGACGCACACAAGGGUGUAUUGGUGGAUAAACUUGGCGUGUUGAAGCCUUCGAGACUGUUGAGUGAGAAGGAGUUGGAAUUUUAUACGAAUGAGUUUGCACGGAGUGGAGUUCAUGGACCGCUCAGUUGGUACUGCACUCGCGAUGUGAACUAUAAGGAGGAGCUUGAUAUUCUAGAUAGGCAGAUCCAGGUUCCUACGCUUUUUAUCCAGGCAUUGAGAGACCAGGCGCUGCCCGCUCAUUUGGGUAAAUCCAUGGGGAAGUUUAUCCCACAGUUGACUCUGAAGCAAAUUGAUACUUCGCACUGGGCUCUGUGGGAGAAGCCCAAAGAAGUGAAUGAUAUCAUUGGAGCUUGGUUGAAGGACCAGGGAUUUGCUGAUGGAAGGGCUGAUAAGCUUUGA